GGAGGACCCAGGGGAAGAUUCGCCUCGAGGGACAUCCGGUACUUCCCCGACGACGAGGCCGACGCGGGGCCCACGAGAGGCGGCUACGGGCGAGGCCGCGGCGGCUCCGGGCCGAGGCACUUGCACGAGGAGGGCGACGACGGCGGCAGAGAUCGCCCGCGGGGCAGGGGCAGGGGGGGCUUCGAGCACCGAGGCAGAGGGAGAGGCAGGGGUCGCGGCCAGCAGAAGGAGUACGAGCGGUGGAAGGCGGAGCGCGAGGCCAUCGACGAGGCCAGGCUGAUCCGGAGCCGCACGCACGGGGGCGGCUGGAGGAGGGAGUGGGACAAUGACAAGCUCGAUCAAGGAAAUAUUGAAGAUAGCGAGCCAUUUUAUGAUCCUAGAUAUCCCAGAAGUAAAGGGGAAGGCUUUAAGUUGGCAGACUACAUGACGCCAGGUGAGGGCGAAGACAAGGGCCCCGGAGCACAGGAGGGGCCGGGGGAGCACAGGCCAGCGAGAGGCCGAGGGUCCAGGGGGAAGUACAGGGGUCAGGGUCGCUUCAUUGACCCUGAGUUGAAUGCACAGAAGCAUGAGGAGGAAAUCAUGGCCGAGCUUGACCCCGAUGCGGUCUUUGGUCGCAGGAGGAUUGAGGGCCAUGGGGACUCCUUCACCAUCUCUGUCUCCAACACCACUCACAGCUCUGCUGGUGAGAAAGAACCAGAAGUACUUGGCAAAUUUGUGCGGGUGGGCUCUGGGCGGAUGGGCCAGGGCAAGAGGAGUCCUCCCCAAAACGAGCAUGGCGGAGGAGAUGACAGAGCAGAGGGGGAGAGGCCACACUUCCACGGGCGAGGACGUGGACAGAGACAUGCCAGGGGAAGGGGGCGUGGCCAAGGACGCGGAUACUUUAACAAUAAGGAGAAUUCCCCGUACACCUGGGUGAGGCCUAGUGGAGCUCCUGCCCAGACGUCCUCAUUUGCCGUCAGCUCCCAAAAGUCAAUGGAGCAAGACGCAUCAGAUACUCCUAGUCCUGUGGCAGCAUCAGAAAGUAAAGCAGAUAAUAAUGCAUUAAAACCAGGUGCAGAAAAGAUAGUAGAAAGCAACCUUAAACCAGACACCAACCAGGAAGGGAAUGCCGUUGAUGAAAAUAGUCAGAUUGAGUCGAAGGAAAAGGGGGAAAGAGGCCAAUUGCAAGAGGAAGUUGGGGAAAAUUUUGAAGGCAGUGAGGAUGCAGCAAAAGAGGAGGAGCUGGAGGAUUAUGAAGAUGAAGAAGUUUAUGAGGAAGCGGAAGAGGAAUAUUAUGAAGAAGAUUACCAGGAAGCAGAAGAGGAGGAACUGAAAGGGGAAGAGGAGGAAACCGAGGAGAAUGUGGGGGCCACAGAGACCAAGGAAAACCUUCCAGCAGAAGCAGAAUCUGCUCCCAUUCAAGGAGAAGUGGGAAAAGUUGAAGAGGAAAUUAGCAAGAAAGAUUCUGAUGCCACUACAGACAAGGAAGAUCAUGGACCUGAAUCUCAGCCUGUACCUGUUGAUGUGAAGGAAGAAGCAGAGAAUCAGAACACAGACGAGAAUGAAGGGAAAGAGAAAGAAGAUUUGGAUGUCAAAAGCGAACAGAAAGAAUGCACAAUGCAGUCAGAACAAGCGUUGGUGAGUAAGGAGGAAAGUCCAGGUAAGAAUGAUGAGCAGGAUGUGACGGAGAAUACAGAACAAGAAGCAGAGUGUCCUAGGAUGGCAGAUGGGGAGGCAAGUAGUGAGGCAGCUGCUAAAGACAAGGCAGGUAAUGAGGAAAAGGAGGGCAUUAUUGUGCAGGAUAAUGCCAAAACAGAAGAAUCUCUUGUUGAAGUGGGCAAGGAAGUGAGUGCUGAUGAUGACAUCACCACUGAUGAAAAGGAAGCAGGUGUUGAGAAGGAAUCUGAAUCAAAAGCCAAUAAAAAUGAUGCUCAAAUAGAGGACCAGCCCAAAGAUGCAGCCAGUGAACUGCCUGAACCAGAGUCUGGGAAGGAGAGGCCCUCAAAGCUUGAAGUCAGUGAGGGGAAGGAUGAAGGUGCUCCUGCUUCUUCUAGUGAAGCUGUUGACUCACAAGCAGAGGUUAAAGUAAGUGAGAGUGAGAAAAAGACUGAAGACCUGGUGAAGAUCGCCCCUUCCCCUACGAAAACAAAUGAGGGAGAGAAAAAGCCUGAAAGUCGACUGACCCCAGCUUCCUCUCCAACAAAGACAGAGGAACUUGUUCCUAACAUUGAGUGGAAAUGAUAUGAUGAUUUGGAAAGUACAGUAUAGGGUUGUUUUGCUGUUAAAAGGAAUAAGCAAUGAGUCAUGUCACUGUCUCCUAUAUAGUGUCACAUCUUGGUUUCAAAUACAGUAGUUAUGACUGCUGUGUAUACUAAAUAAAUUUUAUAUUAACACUAUCAACUUACAUCAUGAAAUUACAUUACCUCAUGUGCAGCUUCAGAGAAUAUGAGUGAAUACUUGUAAAGCUAAAUUUGGUUUUCAUUUACAAGUUGUGCUGUGAUGGUGCAGACUAUUCCAGUUCUUUAUCAAGAGGCUUUACACUCCAUUAUAGUUUUUAAGGAGUCAUGAUUGAAUUUAACCAUUUUCUGUGUCAGGUACUACCCAUCAUAGUUUGCUGAAACUUGUAUGUUUUCAUGACAGUGAAAUUAUAUUUAUGAAAGUAGAACUAGAUUGUGUAUAUACAAUUUUGUUUAUAUUUAAAGUAUUAGGCUUGUAGGUGAGUCAUUGUGUAUAACUUACUUUAUGCAUGUUUUCCCCUUUCCCCUUUUUUAUAUCUUGAAUAUGUCUUAAUUGAUGAGCUAAAUAAUUUUAUGUGUUUUUGCUCAUAUAUAUAUAUUUUUUAUUUAUCUAUCUAUUUAUUUAUUUUGCAUGAUUUAGACAUAGAUUUACUUCUUAUUCUUUCUUUUUUUUACUCAGUUGGUGUACUGAUAUCAGCUUUUUAUUUUUAUUAAACUCAUGAUGCACAGGUAUAGCCUGUAUCUAAUAGAAAUUAUACAUGGGUGUGUUAAAGUUCCUUCUCUUUUUUUUUUGGUAUGCUUGUUCACUUUAUUUGUUUCAUAUUAUGUGGAUAUUUUCUCCUUGUGUGAAUAGGGGUGUGUGUGAUGGAAUUAAAAUGCGUUAGUUAUAUAUACUUAGACAACAGAAUUUUUAUUCAGAAUCAGCUUGAGUAAAUAUAUCCUGUCAAGGGACAAGUAUUGGCAGCUCAUGAAAAGUGGAAUGUGGAUUUCCGACUUAUGUGCAUGUGUGUGUGCUCAGAUGCAUGUGUAUAAAGAUAUUUAUGAAUAGAAAUAAGAUAGACAUUUCCCAUUUUUUAAAUACACACCAUAAAAUACACACCAUGAAACCCAUUGUAUCUCAUUACAUUAUAUUCACAUUGUGUGCUAAUGAUGCAAAAACCAGCAUGCAAGCAAAUGCAAUCAUGCAAACACAACUCAUAAAUUCAUUCUGCCUCUUUAAAAUGUCAAGUCCUGUUGCAGUUUGGAAAACACAUUACUGUAUGAACUUAAGGUUUUGAGCUUUUAGCUUAUGUACUGUAAUCUAAAUACACUGGAGUAAGUAGAUGGAAACCAGCUUUGAACACAGGGUUGUGAAACAUGGAAAAAAAGUAUGAAAGAAAACAUUGCAACGUAGCACAUAGCUGAUGUUUGAUGUGAUGUAAUUACGUAGGUGCCUUAAAGACUGCUUAACUCUCCGUCUCUCCUUCUUCUGGUAUCUUUUACACAUUCAUGGUUUUCCUUAAUUACACUGUUAUUCAACCAUUCUUCUCUUAAAGGGUUUCAGGACUUGUGGGACUUGCGGGGGAUUGCGGUGCGCUUUGCUGAGGAAGUGAGCUUUUGGCUUGGGGUGUCCAUAACAAAAGUGCCUUGAUGUAGUAUCCAUUGUCCAGUACUGGCAAAAUAGGCAUUAUUAUCAUUGUUUUUUCUUAUUCUUCUUCUUCAUUUUUCUUUUUUUAUGGGUAUUUUAAUCCUGUUUCAGUUUCAUAUUGCAGGCUAAAGUGUAAGGGGUUUUGGCUAAUUUAUUACUUUGUGUGUCGUGGGAUGGGUGUAUGCACUUGUGUUUAGCAGCACGUAAAAGUUAACAAACAUACUCCAAUGCAAAAUAGCCUUACAUGUUUUGAUAUGCUUAAUCAGUGUCAGAUACACAUAAAACCAUAUACAUGGAUACUUAAACAUAUUAUAUACUGUAUAUGUAUACUCAUAUGCAUGUAAAAGGAAUCCUAAUCAGUAUGUAUGUGUGUAUGUAUGCAUGUACUAUAUGUACAAUUAUUUGAGAAAUAUGAAACUAUACAGUCACUAGUCUUGCAGUAUUCUAAAAGAUGAUUAUUGAUGAGCCACAUCAAUAUUUAUAAUUUUUUUCUCUACUGGUCACAAGACCCCAACUUGCCAUGACAGGAUCAUUCAGUUUCUAAUAGUGGAUAUGGAAUUAAUAUUGAUUGAUGAGAUGCAAAAAUUCCUUAACUUAUGCAUGUGUUGAUAUCGUCAUUUCAUAUGUGAUGGGUAAUUUUAUCUGGUCAUCUUCAAUACUUUGAAUAGGUAAAAAAAAAACUUCAGAUCUGAACCUUUUGUCACUCUUUAUGGUAGACAAAAAGAGAGAAAGAAGAAAAAGAAAAAUGAUGAAAAGCAGUCAAUAGGACAAGGGGUUUUAUCAAGUGUUGUCAUGUGGCCAGUGCCCUCAGCCGCAGUAUUUAGGGAAGGACCUGUAUUGUUUGUGUGGUGUGUGCCUGUGUGUGUUUGUGAGGCACCAGCAGAAGAGGGUGUUUUGACGGCUGUUUUGACCCAUUGUAAUGUUAUUGCAAUUCUAACCAGGUUAUUAAAACUUGAAAUUAUUGCUGUGAUGGUCUGGCAAUGUUUACUUAAGAAUCGCAUCAGGUUUGUUGAACUAAGCUUACAAAUUUUUCUUUUAUAACCAAACAUGUUAUGAAUAUAGAUUUAGAUAUAUUUUCUAUAUUGUUUCAUUAAAAAAAAAAUGUAUAAUGUAUAUGUAAUGUUUAUGGUUAUUUUAGGUAAUAGAUAUUGUCAUGCUGUAAAAAGCAAAAUAAAGAUAUUUAUUAAGAAAAGAUUUUUGAUGUUUAGAGAUUGAUUUUAAGUUUAUCAUAAUAUUGUUUUCAUUUUGUCUUUUUUCAUUGAUUUAGUUAUUUGGUCUUGUAUUUCUUAAUUAUAUUUGACUGAUAUUUUU